UUCUUUCGUCAAGAUUAGAGAAGGUAGAGGAGGGAGAGAGGAAGGCGAAGAGGGGAGGGAGAGAUAAACAGAGGCAGUUUAAGGCGGUAAACACGUCCCGUUCCAGAGCCAGCUCUCCUCUAAACACACCAGGCACAGCUCAGCAUCUGUCUGACACAGACGGGACAAACUGGAGCGAGUGGAAAACACUGGAGGGAAGAUUAACGGUCAAGAUAAAAGCAGAUUAUUUGUGAGAUCUUGAUUUGCGAGCAGAGAAGAAGAAACGAGGCAAACCGCAGCCAUGGACGUCUCCCACAGCUUCUCUUGUCUCUGCAGCGAGAGGAACCAGCAGCACACGAGCAAAAGCAGGAGCAUGGUCCUCCGGACUAGAUCCACCUCCAGGCCCCACGGGCCUCUCCUCCACCCCAGCACCCUGCUCCUGCUGCUGCUCCUCCUCUGUCUCUCGCUGUGGAGCCAGCAGGGCGAGGCCCUGGUCCACUCCAGCUUCAGGCGGCUCAGCGGCCGCGAGAAGAAGGAGAUGCAGAAGGAGAUCCUGUCCAUCCUGGGCCUGCCGGGGCGACCCAGACCCCACCCGCCGCUACGGCCGCCCUCCUCCGCACCGCUCUUCAUGCUGGACCUGUACCACGCCAUGGCUGCCGACGGGGGGGAGGAGGAAGGGAAUGAGAUCAUUGUAAACGGGCCCGGGAUGGGGAAGUUUGGAGGGGUGGAGAGGUUGGCUCAGGUCAGCCACGCGGUCCUUCCCACGCUCAGCACGCACACGCCACCGCUGGGCACGGUGGUCAGCGAGGCCGACACGGUGAUGAGCUUCGUCAACCUGGUGGAGCAGGAGCGAGACCUGCUGCAGCCGCGGCCGUACUGGAAGGAGUUCCGGUUCGACCUGACGCCCCUCCCCCAGGGAGAGACGGUGACGGCGGCGGAGUUCCGCAUCUACAAGACGCUGACGAUGGGCCAGAGGGCCAACCGGACGCUGCACAUCUCUGUGUACGAGAUCCAGCGAGAGAGCAGGCACAGAGAACCUGAGCUGGUGCUGCUGGACAUGCAGUCGGUGCCCGCCGGACAGGAGGGCUGGCUGGCCUUCGACGUCACCUCGGCCUCCAACCAUUGGCUCCUCCACCCCCGCAGCAACCUGGGCAUCCGCCUCUAUGUGGAGACAGAGGAGGAUCGCUCCCUGUCUGCCGGCUGGAUCGGGUUGGUGGGACGCAGGGGCCCCCGCUCCAAACAGCCCUUCAUGGUGACCUUCUUCAGGGAGAGUCAGGUCCCGUGUCGGCCGCCGCGAGCCGUCAAGCCACAUCCCCGCAAGAAGAAACCCAAAUACGACCUCCCAGUGCCCAGCAUCCACAAUCGGAGUCCUGUGAACAGCGGCGGUCAGCCCUGUAAGAAACAUGAACUCUACGUCAGCUUCAGUGACCUGGGAUGGAAGGACUGGGUGUUGGCCCCCACUGGAUAUUCAGCUUACUACUGUGAUGGAGAGUGUUUUUAUCCUCUGGGCUCCUGCAUGAACGCCACCAACCACGCCCUCAUCCAGCAAGUGGUGCACCUCCUGAAGCCUGACGAGGUUCCUAAGGCUUGUUGCGCCCCGACCAAGCUCAGCCCCAUCUCCGUCCUGUUCUACGACGACAACAACAACGUCAUCCUGAAGAAGCACCGCAACAUGGUGGUGAAGACGUGCGGGUGUCUAUGAGCCCAAAAGGUUCCACUUUGACACUCAAGUCCUCAAACAAAGUGAAGGUACAACAGACAUGAGCUCUGCCCACGGAGAAGGUUUCUGCCAACAAGGCACCGCAAACCUAAUUUACCAGGCUGGUGUGGAGUUCUGAUCCAGGAUCAGUGACUCAAAGUUCACAGAUUCCAAAUCACCACUUUUGCUGUAACGUGUUCUGUGUCUUGUUUGUUUAUGUUUAUGUCUGCUGGGCCUCUUAUUCAGAUUUAGGCUCCAUCGGCCGGUUUACAGGGCAAACCAUUAGUGGAACAAGAAUAAAUUAAAUGACAGCACUAUUGUUGCAACACAAUGACUCUAUAACGAGAAUAUUGAAUCAAUAACAAUAUUCACAUCAUCUUGAUUCAUGGUAAUAGUUUUUACAGGACUAAUGAUAAAUAGCCAAGUGUAAAUA